ACGUAGGCCUACAUCUUUAUGAUCUUGGGACAGCGUGCAAUGAAACAAGACGUGUAACCGUUCUCAGUUCUCAGUAUGACAGACGGUGACACCACACAGAAUCCCCAACCAAUCGACCUCAGCGAUGUGAGCGGGAAUGAGGAGAAUUCAGGGAAAACUGUAUUAGCAGACGACACUCUUAUUACUCUAAACGUCGGUGGUCGCGUUACCCUAACGCGCUCGGCCACACUGAAGGCAGCUGGGGUGGGAAGGUUAGCUAAUCUCUCCCCUCAGGACGAGAGCUAUCUGCCUCACAGCGGACAAUAUUUCUUCGACAGAGAUCCGGAAUUUUUCUCUCAAAUCAUUCGGUUUUAUAGGACCGGAGAGCUUCACAUUCCGGAAAACUACUGUUCCCGUGUGGUAAGAGAAGAGUUGGCUUUUUGGCAGCUUUCGGAGACUUGGAUUGGGGAUUGCUGCUGGAGGAACUACUCUCGCAAAUCACAACAAAUUGAAGUCGACGACAGUCUAGCAAAACAGUUUGCUCGCAUAUCGACAAGACCUAUAAAUGACCCUGGCAGUCAAAGCAUUAGAUCUACGAUCUGGAACAUUUUGGAGUGUCCCUCGUCAUCACUUGCUGCUAAGGUAUGGACGAUACUCUCUGUGUCUCUGAUACUCGUCUCCGUUCUCUGUUACUCGCUGGCCACUUUACCUCGAGUCCGUCAGUUGUACAAGAUUAAGCGGCCACCUGCUAACGAAACUGAGCGGGAGAUCCUGGACAGCGCUGGUCGAUUUCUCACCAUAGUUAUCUCCCUUGAUCUGGCCUGCCUGGCAAUCUUCACGAUCGAAUUCGUCUUACGCCUGUACUCUGCUCCUCGAAUGACCGUAGUCAUCAAAACAUUCAUGUUUGGAUGCGACCUUCUCUACCUCAUCCCGGGCUUGGCGAUGGACAUUUUUAUUCUCUCCGGGCACCAUUACGAACUGAUAACCAGUGCAAAGGUCGGUAUGGUCCUACUGCACGUUAUCACCAUCUCGCGACUUUUCCGGGUUUUUCGCCUGGCCUGGACUUUCAGGGGCAUGCGCAUACUUAUUUACGUCCUGAAAGCCAGUCUCCGCGAACUGGGCGUACUCGCUAUCUUCCUCUUCACCGGUACUAUGUUCUUCGGUUUCCUGAUCUACAGCGCCGAGGUCGCAGGGAACGAAACCUUCGACAGUGCUUUUCGCGGGUUCUGGUGGGCCAUUAUCACCAUGACAACUGUGGGCUACGGUGACGCGUACCCUGUUUCCAUUGCGGGUUAUAUCAUAGCGGCUUUCUGUGCGAUUUCCGGUCUGAUCUUACUGGCCUUACCCAUCCCCAUCAUCGCCAGCAAUUUCCACCUCUACUAUGGCUUCCAAGAGCGAGAAUAUUUAAAGGAAUCAAAAUUGGACGUUUGUCUGGAAGACAAUGGACAGGGAUUGCCCGUCUUACCCACGUGUGGAAAAUACACGAAGAAAGAGGAUUCAAUGUGAAAGGUUCAAUAAAGGUUAACAAACUGAUAUCUGGUGCUAGAUAUAAAGUGCUGACUACUGGCUACUUACUGAAGCGCGGUUGUAAUGUAGCAGUUGGAAAAAGGCAAUUGGCAUUUCAAGAAUUCAAGUUCCAAGUUUCUCCCCGUAGUCUUUGGGGAAACCGACAAUUAACUGUAACACCCACCGUGGUGGAACGAUACUGUGACAUUUGCCCCUAACCACAACUUCCAAACAACGGUCACCCACAUUCCAUUCUCGCGAACGUCACACUUUAUGGCCGUUCCGUAUUCUGGCUUGUCACUAACUUUUAGCAAUGUAGUUUAUUCACCGCUCUCCCUGCCUCUGUGGCCUUAGUGACAAUAACGAUCGUCAUUUGAUAAAAUUCUAAUGGACUUCAUAUGGUUUGCAAUAUUUUUGA